AAUGAGGUAAAAACCACUAAACGAUCCAAAAAAGCAACUAAAUACCAAAAUCAAAACAUAUCUCUGUCUGUUCAUCACUCUCCAUCAAUUGAACGAGAAAAAAAUAAACCAUAACUUGUAAAUUUGCUCUCGCUUUCCACGUUAAACCCUAAUUUUACUACACUCAAUUCAACUCUGUAAUCGUAUUUCCUUAGUUUAAUCUACAUAUUUUACUACAAUUUCAUGGGUAAUUGUACUUCUUCCAUUCCAGACAGGAAUUCUGGGCGGUUGAGUGGACUUAACAAUCCUGAGAAUAAUGGAGUUGCUGAUGCCAAAAACCUUCGUGUUAAGCUCGUAUUAUUAGGUGAUUCUGGUGUCGGUAAAAGCUGUAUCGUUCUUCGCUUUGUUCGUGGUCAAUUUGAUCCAACAUCCAAGGUUACAAUUGGAGCUUCAUUUUUGUCACAGACAAUAGCUCUGCAAGAUUCUACAACAGUUAAGUUCGAAAUAUGGGAUACUGCAGGACAAGAAAGGUAUGCUGCAUUGGCUCCACUAUACUAUAGAGGUGCUGCAGUGUCUGUUAUUGUUUAUGACAUAACAAGUCCUGAUUCAUUUAACAAAGCGCAGUAUUGGGUUAAGGAACUGCAAAAACAUGGGAGCCCUGAUAUAGUCAUGGCUUUAGUUGGGAACAAAGCUGAUCUUCAUGAUAAUCGAGAAGUAUCUGUUGAAGAUGGAAGGGAGUAUGCUGAGAAGAAUGGGAUGUUCUUUAUUGAGACAUCUGCAAAGACGGCCGAUAAUAUAAAUCAGUUGUUUGAGGAAAUCGCAAAGAGACUUCCCCGCCCAUCUCCGUCAUGAUUGUGAAUCUUUAUGAUGAGUCGCCCGGACGGUCUCUAAUGUUCCUGAAAAGUAUUUGCCUGUAUGAAAUGUGUAUAUGCUGAUAUAUCUGUAAUCUUUGCUCUACUAUCUGAUUUGGUCUGAAUAUCAUGUUCCAGCUAGAUGACCAUGAAUCACAUUCAUUCUGUUGAUUGAUAUCUCACAUAAUAUACUAAGGCACCAUCUGAAUGGAUUUGAUGAUUAUAAUUAUACUUUAAUUUAGUUGA